CUUUGCUCUAUUAGCCUCUCCUUUCUAGUUGUAGUUCAGUAACUUGAAAAUAUAUAAAAAAUAUAUCCAUAUUAUAAAAAAAAAAUACUAAAAAAAUCAAACAUGUGUUCCGAUACAUAACAUGAGGUUGAGAAGGAGCUACGUUGGUAGUGUAGGAAAUGCUCGUACGACAAUAUUAACAUUGGGAAGAAUGCUAAGAUGGUAGGAAGAAUCAGGACAGUAUCGUCAUUCAAAAUCAAACGUAACUUUAUUAUCUCAUUGUUUCCGAAAAUAAGACACAGAACUUUCAUCGCAUUUAAAAAUGUUAUUGAAAAUCCAAUGCUCAAAAUCAGUGAAUAUUUUCCAUUCUCAAGACAUACAGUUUUUAUUUUUGUGAUUUUUUACUUUCUAAUUGGAAUUCAGUAUUCUGUAUCAGAAUGUGAAUACAAAUUUAUCAGUAGACCCGGUAGCCCGCAAAAUGGCACCUUUUAUGCUCCUAGGUUAACGAAUCCGAACAAUCAUUCAUAUAUGUGCGUGUAUAUAUUUUUUGCGGGCCCUCAUCAAAAAGUUGAAAUUACAUUUUUGUCUUUCGACUUGCGUGGAACACCUCCUGAAUGCAGGCACGAGUACUUGGAUUUAUACGCAGAAGUUCAACAUCCGGAUGCUACGGAAUUAAUUAAUAGUCCAUUCGGAGGUCGUUUUUGCGGCCUUAUACCACCCCGAGCCAGAAUAUCGUUAUAUCGGACAAUAGCAUUCAGCUUUUAUACGGAUAAAAAUGAAACAACACCGGAUGUAUUCGUGGGCAGAUAUACUUUCAUUAACGACUCGGAUUUCCAAGUUGGCACAGCAGCUCCAAACAUCCCGUGCACGUUUACGAUAAAUUCAAAAGUGAAACGAAAAGGCGUCAUCAUGUCACCAACGUACCCGGGAGCAUAUCCAAAACCAUUAUUUUGUAGUUUCUUAUUUUUAGGAGUCAGUGGGCAACGUGUGCAUCUGGAAUUCCGAGACUUUGAUUUAUUUUCCGGAGGCCCUCAUUGCCCAUUCGAUUACGUUACCGUUUAUGAUGGUGGUGAUAAUGAAUCUGCUGUGAUCGGUACAUAUUGUGGUCAGCAUAGAAAUUUAAUCAUAUACUCGAGCACGGAAAAUUUAUUCGUUACGUUCGACGCCAUUCAGAGGACCGCCAACACGCAGAAUCGAGGAUUCAAAGGAAUUUUUGAAUUCAGCGAAAGUUUUGUUAAAUUAGAUUUUAUUGGUAAAAAUGGCGGCGAACAUAUUUUAGGAACAGAAUGUGAUCAAAAAAUACUGAGUAAAAAAGAAAGCAACGGACAAGUGUUUAGUCCAAAUUACCCAUUUCCUUAUAUACCGAAAACAGUUUGUCGAUAUUUUAUUUACGGUAUGCAAGAUGUACAGAACUUGGAAAGGGUUCGAGUAGAUUUCGAAAUGUUCGAUAUACCCAAAGGAGAUAAAACCGAAAAAGACGAAUGCGGAGAUCGUUACCUCAAAAUUUACCUAAAAGGACAAGAGCAAACGGACGCUUACGAUAAAUACGAUUACGAGAUGUGUGGCGAAAAUCAACCAAAGACUAUGAUCUCAGAAGGACCUAGAUUAGUUAUGAUAUUUGCCAGCGGUGACUCACAAGGCAGAGGAUUCAAGGCUAAAUAUAAAUUUGAAACUGAAUACCUAAUACCUGGAACGCCAGCUCCUGAUGGAAGUUGUAUGUACACGUACAAAAGCACUAGUCAAAAGAAAGGCGAAUUUAAUUCACCGAGGUAUCCUGGAAACUACCCGAGCAAUACCACUUGCAUGUAUUAUUUCUAUCCUACUCAAAAUGAACAAGUUGCCUUGAUUUUUGAUACGUUCAAAGUUCGAGCAGAUAAUGCGAAUGCGACUGUGGCGCAAUUUGGCGACGAACUGUGCCAAGAAGACUACGUCGAGAUAUACAACAUGUACAAAGACGGUUCGGAAAUCAGAAUUGGUAGAUUUUGCGGUCUGACGUCACCCGGACCCAUAGAAUCGUACAGAGGAGCCACCGGAAUGAAAGUAUUACUUCAGACAGACGCGAACAACGUUUUCAGCGGUUUCAAAGCGAGAUAUUCGUUCGAAACUGUCAAAUCCAUCUUCGGAGAUUGCGGAAGUAAUAUCAGUCACGCCGAAGAUGGUAUCCUGCAAAGCACCAAUUAUCCUAUUAAAUACGAAGUACCUACAAUGGGACAAGCACUCAAGACUUGUAACUGGUUUAUUACGGUUAAACCAGGCCAUCAAAUAUUGCUCAAUUUUGGUUCGUUUAUUUUAGAAGGAAAUCCAGCCGGCAGAGGAUGUCCUGCAGCUGUAGUGAGAUUGUGGUUAGAUAUACAAGCUCCUCCGAUAGAAUUGUGCGGAGAAAAAGCACCCAAUGAUACCAUGCUGUACAUGUCUGUGUCCAAUCAAGCCAGGAUAAGUUUCGUUGUCGGAGAUAAAUCAGUCGGUGCUGAAGGAUUUCGUUUAUCGUGGACCGAAGUUUCUGUAUCGUCGAGUGUCUGCAACGAGUUCAAAUGCGAAAAAUCCAGCUACUGUAUACCAGGAAAGCUACGCUGCAAUAAUAUAUCAAAUUGCGGUGAAAAUGAUCUCUCGGAUGAACAGAAUUGUAUCGUAAUCGAAACGACUGACUGGAUGGUAAUGACAGUAACCGGAGCUGCAAUCGGAGGCGCUGUGCUGUUACUUUUGCUCUGCCUGAUGUGCCAAAGAAGAGAACAUCAGCGUCGUCACCGGCACAUGUUACCAGGCGGAUCGGUGCACUCGUAUUCCGGACAUCAGCACGUAUGCGACGAACUAGGUCAACGAUUCGCCAGCGUCGACAGUGUUUAGUAAUUAGCGCCAUUGCCGUGAGCGAGCGGCAAUGCCCCGAGAUAAUUACAUCUACGAAAAUGAAAUUUUUUUAACUAACACGUUCACUUUUUCGAAGAAGUGAGCUUCAUCGGCUUGAUAGUUGCGCUAUAUGUUUUAGCAAUACAAAAGGGCUAAUCAUUUCACACGACUGAUUAAACUUAAUCGGUAUAAUUUCGUAAUAUUACCUUAACGGAUAAAUAAGCGUGAACGUUUAACAAUAAAUGCCAAAUUUGAUCUCUGUAUACAAUUUAUAUACGAAAAAAAAAAACGACGACGUUGCGUUUUAAUAUUAAAAAAAAAAACUCUUCGGUUUGUUAAACAAUUUUUUUUUCUUUUGUUAUUAAAUGGACGUGAUAAUAUAAGUAAGAGAAUCGUGUUAAAGCGUUGGAUAGUUCCUUUUUAAAUCUAAUCAAAUAUCUCGACGAUAUUUUUAAAUUAUUUUUUUACACCCGAAUGCCAUCGCAUUUUUAAGAUAUUUUCGCGUAGAUCUCUUGAUUUUAUUUUUGAGUUUGUUUUACUUUUGUUUUGUUAUCCGCUGUGUAGUUGAAACUGUUUUUGUUUUAAUUUUGAUUUUUGAAAUGUUGUGUUGAAGUUUUUAGCUUAAUGAGUAUUAAUAAUUAACGAAUUACCUGAAUAAUUACGUAGUUCAGAGAUAAAUCAGUGUUGUUAUCUAAUCACGUUGAUUAAUCAAGUAAUUAAUCGCGUUCGAAAUUUAUUUUUAAUUAAAUUAAAAUUUAAAAAAAUUUUAUCGCAGAAAAAAAACAAAAAAACCUGUUUUUUCGUUGGCAAUUUUCAUUUGGCCGAAAUGGCAACACUGAUUUUCAGUUUACACACAAUCAGGGAUCCACCAUUUUAUGUUUCUGUUUGUGUUUCGUUUUCCAUUUUCAACCUCGUCUUUUCGCGUGUAUUUUAUUAAUUGUAAAUACGUUACUCGUGUUUAAUUACGAAACGAUUAUUACAAAACGCUCAUUUAAUGUUUUUUAUACAUUUUGAAAAUUACUCGAUAAGUAAUGUUCAUCUUUGUUGCUGUUUUUAUGCGAUAGAACAAUAACCACCGCGCUGUACCAGUGACCGGUCUCUACCCUUUUGUGUUUAGACGACUGAUUCUGACUCAUCAUGAUCGUCUAUAAUGGAAAAUCUGUGUGCUUGUGUUUAAUCGUUUCUUCUUUAUAAUUUGGAGAAAUUUAUACCUAUGUACUUUUUUUUGUUUUGUUAUUAUUGUGUAAUUGGCCCUCGCCUCGUUUAAUCGCUGCUCGAAGACCGAAUUCCGCGCGUCGUAGAAGUAGACCUUUUUUAUGUAAUAUUCGGAACCACCAUAUAAAGAAAAUAUGUACUUCGAAGCACAAGUGCCAAGUGCGAAUUAACGUAUAAGUGUUCUUUAAAUUUCAAUUCUCUCUUAUGUACUUUGUUUUAUUAUUACCUAAAUAAUCUUGUUAAGUAAUUAACUAUUGUGUGUAGUGAUACGAAUGCUACUCUAAAAUCGUUCGUUUCAUUGUUCGCGGAUUUUUAUGAAAAUUUCGUGUCUAUGAAGAGUUGAAGUGUACCUGAUUCCGAUCUAGUCGAAUAUUUACCUAAAUUGUUAUUAUUUGUACGUAAUCAGUGGCGUAUUACUACCGAAGAGUAUAUCUGUAUAUUGUUCCUUAAACAAUGGACUGAAGCAAAGCACCAGGUAAGAUUGUGAUAUGAAAUUAUCUAUCUUUGUUAACGAUUGAAAGGAGUUGUAUGUUUAUGUGUGUAUUCGUGUGUUGAAACACAAUCGAAACGAUGAGUAUUUUGGUAUCGUUCUUGAUCACGAUCUUGAUCGCGAAUUCUUCUGAAAUUAAUCAGGUUAUGAAGCUCAUCUGAUAACGAUAUCGUUUCGUAAUCGUAGUAAUUUGUUGAUAUUCCUUGGUAUCUAUUCCUCAACUGAAUCGUAAUCGAGUUAUGGUACUUAUUUUUAGUUCACGAACCAAGUGACAGAAAGUGAUCUAGAAACCGAAGUUACUGGUUUUUUGAAGAAGGAGGAGGGCAAGAAAAGUUAAUUGGAAGAUGUUUGAUCAAAUUUUUGGACAACUAAACCGACGAAGUUGAUCAUUUGGCAGUAAUUGAAUCGUCAAGUUGUGUGAGUUGGUAGAGAUGUUGUUCGGUGAUCAAAAGCAAAAUGAAGAUGGGUUUUGGUUUAUUGGUUUUCGAUGAAAAAGAACUAUAGUUUGGGUUCUGGUUCUGAAACGUUCUGGUUUCAGUAGGUAUAGUUAAUUUUGGUUAAUUUAAUUUGGGUUUGGUUGUGAUUUUAUCAUUUUUUGAAAUUGUGUUUAUUAAACGUCUGCACUUCUGCAGGAUUUUUAAAAUUUUGAUUCGUUAUCAAUGGAGCUGGGAGAGCAGAAUUUCAUUUUCCUUCUUUUGUUUUUUGUUUUCAUAACGAGAGGUUUCAACUUUCAACUUUGGGCUGAAGUCGAGUAGGAGAACGUUUGAAAAAUUAGUGAACCAGUCUAGAACCAACAAAUCACUACCUACAGGGUGCCCAGAAAUAUCAUGAACCCCUAACAAAGUUUUCUUUUAAAUAUUUCGGUUGGUCACUAUGAAUGAUAAUAAUGAUAGCACAUGAUUGGUUGUUAGACUGAGAUGAUAACAUUUCACCAAUCAUAUGCAUCUAUUUCACGUUGCCAACCUAUAUUUUUAAUGAAAAACUAAACUUUCUUUGGGGUUCACGAUAUUUCUGGGCACCCUGUAUACCUAAUCAAUUACCUGUACAGGGUGCCCAGAAAUAUUGUGAACCCCUAAACAAAUUUUCUGCUAAAUGUUUCGGUUGAUCAUACUGAAUGAUAAUAGUGAUAGCACAUGAUUGGUUGUUAGACUAAGGUGAUAAUGAUAACAUUGCACCAAUCAUAUGCAUCUAUUUCACGUUGCCAACCUUUAUUUUUAAUAAAACACUUUCUUUGGGGUUCACAAUAUUUCUGGACACCCUGUAUUAGUAAAAAUCAAAAUCAAAAACAAAAAACUUGGAAGAAAUUGUUUUUCGUUAUGGUUUUGGUUUCCGGUUUUGAUUCUUACAUUUUUACUGGUUCAAGUUUUGGUUUUGGUUAAUUGGUGGUUUUGGUGAUAUGGUGGAUUUUUAUUUAGUAAUAUUUUUGGUUUUGGUUACUGUUGAUUGUUCCAAUUAUAACGUGCUGAUUUUUUUUGGUCAAAAGUGGUCUUGUGACCUGUCAAAAUAGGUUAAAAUUGAGCACUGAUUUCAAAAAUGACAAUCGUUCUAUGUUUGGUUUCUGUUUUGGUUGCUGGUAGGUAGAGGUACUAUUCAAAUUACAAUUUCACAACUUUUUCCAUUGCCAAAAAGUGGUCAUGUGACCUAUCAAAAUGGAUUAAAAUUUCGCCCUGAGCUCAAAAAUGACGGUAUUUUCGUUCCUACCCCCUCCCCUUCUGCUCUUGGCACCCUCAGAAUAGUCGGAAUGGAUUUUUGUUCAGUUUAGUUGUGUGACCUGUUGAAAUGAGUUUAAAUUUCGUACUAACUUCGAAAAUUAUGAUCAUUUUAUUGCAGCCGGACCCCCCCUACCAUCACGAUUGGACCUCUCAGAAAUUAGAAUCCAUUUUCCUUUUAGUUUGAUUAUGAUGGUUUAUCAAAUAUCAAAAUGUGUUGAAAUUUCGCAAUGGGUUUGAUAAAUUAUUUAUCAUUCGAUGAUAAUUUCGUUCCAACCUCUCCCUCUCCACUCUUUGGCCCCUCAGAAUCAGUUAUUAUUAUAAUUAUUUUUUUUUGGUUUGAUGAUGUGACUUAUCAAAAUGUGUUCGAAUUUCGUACCGAAUUCAAAAAUGAUGAUCAUUUGGUUCCACUUCAAUCCCUCGCCUCCUUGUUGGACCCCUCAGUGUCCAUUUUUUUCCGUUUGAUCCUGUAAUCUGAAAUCUCUCACCGAGUUUUUAGGACCCCUCUUCCUGGAUAAUCUUGUGGCCUUUCAAAAUAUGUUGAUCUUUCGCACUGAAUUUGACACUGACGACUAUUUCAUUCUAAACCCCCCCCCCCACUCUUGGCCCCUCACAGAAUCAUUUUUCUUCAAAUUUGAUUGUAUUAUUGUGACCUAUCAAAAUGGGUUAAAAUUUCACGCUGAAUUCCGAAAUGGUAGUCAUUUCGUUCGUUUCAACUUCCUCCCCCCUUUCCUUAUGCUUGGACCCUGGAGAAACCACUUUUUCUAGUUUGGCUCUCCACCCAUUCUUGGACCCUUCAGAAUAAUUUUUUUCAAUUUUAUCGUGUAACCUAUCAAAAUGGGUUAAAAUUUUGCACUAACUGAAUUCAAAAAUGACCAUCAUUUUGUUCCAACCCCCCCUCCUUCCACCAUUCUUGGGCCCCUCAGAAGCAGUUUUUUAAAAAAAAUUAGUGUGAUGGUGUGACUUAUUAAAAUGUGAUCAAAUUUUGCACCGAAUUCGAAAAUGACGAUCAUUUGGUUCUACUUCAAACCCUCCCCUCUCUGUUGGACCUCACAGUAUUCAUUUUUUCUAGUUUGAUCGUGUAUCUACCUAGAGGGGUGAUUUUUCACUGAUUUCAAUUUUCAGGUCCCCUCAGAAUUAUUCUUCCUGGAUGUAAUCUGGUGGCCUAUCAAAAUAUGUUGAUCUUUCGCACUGAAUUUGAAACUGACGACUGUUUCGUUCUACCCCCCCCCCCUCCACCCACGCUUGGCCCCUCACAGAAUAAACUUUCUUUCAAUGUGAUUGUGUUGUUGAGACCUAUCAAAAUGGGUUGAAAUUUCACGCUGAAUUCCAAAAUGGUAGUCAUUUCGUUCGUUUCAACUUCCUCCCCCCUUCCCCUAUGCUUGGACACUGGAGAAACCACUUUUUCUAGUUCGGCUCUCCGUCCAUUCUUGGACCCUUCAGAAUAAUUUUUUUCAAUUUUAUCGUGUGACCUAUUAAAAUGGGUUGAAAUUUUGCACUGAAUUCAAAAAUGACCAUAGUUUUGUUCCAAUCCCCUCCCGCCGCCCGCUGUUGGGCUUCCCAGAAUAUUUUUUUUUCAACUUGAUCGUGUGACCUAUCAAAAUGAAUUGAAAUUUUGCACUGAAUUCGAAAAUGACAUCCAUUUCGUUCUAAUUUCCUUCCUCUCUGUUCUUGGACCCCUCUGAAUCAGUUUUAUUUUAAUUACAUUUGGGAAUUGAAAGAGGGGUUCAAUUUUUGAAAUCAGCUCGAAAUUUCGAGUUGAUUAAACUGUGUGGUUGGAGUGUUCGAUCUUUGAUGUAAGGGUAGGAGGAUGUGGAGGUGGUUGGAACGAAAUGAUCGCCAUUUUCGAAUUCUCGUUCAACUCAUUUUGAGUAACCAUUUGAUCAGAAAGGAAUAAAAUCUGUUCCGAGGGGGGCGAGGGAGAGAGUUCAGAUAAAAUGAUCGUCAUUUUUGAAUUCGACGUAAAAUUUUGAGCUAUUUUGAUAUGUUACGCGAUCAAACUGAAAGAAUAUGGCUUCUGAGAGAGGUACGCAAGUGUGUGAAGGGGGAGGGUGAAAUUGAACGAUCGUUAUUUUCGAAUUCAGCGCGAAUUUUGACCCAUUUUAGUGGGUCGCAGGACCAGUUUUUGAAAAAAGUCGCGAAGUUGAAAUUUGAAUAAUGAACCCAUGUUUACUCAGCUUGAAAUUUCAAUCACAGCCCAGUCUGCCGACUUCGUUUUGAUCAAUUGUGUGAAUUUUGUUGUCCAAAGAUUUGGCCCAGCAGAAUAUAUAGCGAAAGAAAAAGGAAUUGGGACUUCGAGAGCUAAAAAAUAAUCUCAAGUGCCAAAAAAUGGCCUUUGAAAUGUCGACUUAAAGUUGUUAUUGUGCAAACACAAAGUUGAAAAAAAAUUGAAUUUCGUAUCAAGGAAUGGUGCUUUAUCGAACCCUUUGGCAGUCUUUCUCUCUACUUAUACCUAGGUCAAGAAAUAACCCCCUCUUUGACUUCCCCUUCUCGCUGUGUGCAGGGUUGAAUAAUUUUUUCCAAUUCUUGUGCAUCCUAAACUAGCCCAAAUCUCCCCUCCCCUCACCCUUCCACCUCAAAAACAGUAAAUGAACACUUUCUCACUUGGUCUGUGAACUACUCGUAUUAUAGUUUUCAUCAGUUGUAUCACGCUGUCUCAGUUGGUGCAAAAAAAAAAAUAAACUUGAGCUCUGAAUUAUCAGUUGAAAAUAUUAUCUUGUUAAAUAAUUUUAAAACGAAUCAUUUGCUGCUCAAUUCACGAGGUUUUUCCUGCAAACUUGAUCAAAUUUUUAUCGAAUUUCACUCUCAUCGAAUAAAAUAUGGCCACAAAGGGUGAGUUUUCAGCCAUCUGAUUGGUUAAUUAUUUUUCAUGACUCAUGAGUAAUAACUCAGAGCUCAAGUUGAAUCGCACCGAUUCUAAUUAGCAUCCUUGGCGGAGUGAUUUUUUUCUCGCUUUUCCAAAAUAGUUGUGUACAUUUUUAAUCGUUAGUUUGACCAAGUUUUAUAUUUAAUUACGUCGAUAAAUUAGACUAGAUAAAAUUUAAAUUAAACCAAAAUAAAUUAUGCCCUGGCUAUAGGUUCCCUUUUUCGAUUCGGUGUAAUUGAUGAUCGAUUUUCUGAAUCAAGUUGUACCCCAAUGAGAUAUUAAGCAUGGAAAAUCGUUUAAAUUGAAAAAAAUUCUGAUUUAAAAAAAUCAUCAACACCUUUCGAUUAUCGAUUAUCCAAUCGAAAGAAAACCUUUGACAGGGAGAAACUUUAACCAAUUACCUUUUAAAAAAAUGUAUACUUUAAGUUACUUAGAUGAUCUCAUACUCUCUCCCCUUUUCAAAAAAAAAAAAAAUGCAAAUUAAAUUUACGAAAUCGAUUGAUAAAAUUUUACAAUUUAAAUACCAUCCCAUCUGCAUCAGUAUGGGAUUAAAAAUUGAUCGUUUUUUGAAAAAACAAAACGAAUAUGAAUAAAUUCGAUUACCUAUGUACCUUAAUUUUAGGUUAUUAAUUUCUCACGUGAACAAUCAGGGUUUUCCGAAUUUAAUCAUCUGUGCGAUUUAAAUACGCGAAUUUUCAUUUGAUAACUUUUUUUCGGUUUUUUAAUUUCUCGUUUUUUUCCCUUUUGUUAGGUACAUUGAUUUUGUAUUUUUUUAAAUAAGCUAUUACGUACUUUUUAUGCGGGUAAUUCGCGUAAUUACCCGUGCUGUAUGGUAAGCGUUGUGUAUAAAGAAAUUUGUCAGCUCGUUCACGUCAAAAUACUUAUAGCAAUUUAUACUAUACAGCUUUUGUAUAAAUGAAGAUUUUUUUUUAGUCACACAGCAUCUUAUAAAUACAUAAUAACGCAUAUAAUUUUUAAUUUAAAAAAAAAAACAACGUCGAAUUCUAUAACUAUUUAUAUUCAGAAGACUGGCGACAUUUUAUGUGUUAAAUUCUGCCGUUUAAAUUACCUAUACUAAGUAGAAUUUUACGUACUUAAUAAUUGAUCAUUUUCUCAACGUCCAUUAUUAUGCCGAAUCGUGAAAAAUUCAAACCAGUUAAAUUUUACCAUUUUAGCGCGUACUUAUUCUUGUAAAAUUUUAUUUUUUCGUUUUUUUUUUGGUUUUUGUUCUCCUUUAUUAUUUACUUAUAAAUAAUAUUUAUUUUAAUACAGUGAUGAAAUUUUAUAUUAUUAUUUACUUUUUUUUUUUAGUAUUAAUUAUUUAUAAUGGUUUUUACGUUAAGGUAAAUUUUUUUUACAAAGGGGAAAAGAAUCACUUGUUUUAGUCUAGCUCGAUUGAACGAAGAAAAAAAAAUGAAAAUAUUAUUUAGGCAGUGCAAAAAAAUUUCUAAGUUAAUUCAGUUUUUAUUUGAAGCGGAUUUGAUUCGUUUUUUUAUUUUUGAUUUUUCAUUUUGGCUUAGCUGUGUUUUUUUUUUGUUUGUGUUUAGAAAAAUUUGAAGAACGAAUCUGCGUAUAUAAAAUGUAUGUAAAUUCUCUCAGCAACAUUAAACUCGACUCGUUUCUUAGUAGAAUUUUAAGCAAUUUUUUUCUUCUCUCCGAGAGAGAUGACGUAUUUAUGGUAGUGUUUUCCCUUUUCGUGCCCACGAUGACGACGACGACGUACGAUUCGUAUAACCUGAUGGCGAAUUUAAGAUAUUUUUUUUUAGGCUAAAAAACUUACGUACUUAUUUGAAAAUUUAUUGACGAUCGAUGUGUUUUUACCUAUACAUACGUUAAGUUAUGUAACAGCAGCGUCACCCAGUACAUUUCUAUUUUAUAUAGUGAAUCAAUAUUUUAUAAAUUUACCGAUAUCAAUAAUUUGAUAUACAAAGGUUUUACGUUUUGUUAAUGUUUAUACAGUAAAUAUAGUGUUGCAUGUUGUA